AGGCGACAGGUGUUCGAGUGCGGCGCCUGCGGGCUCUUGAGUCGAGGCUGGCCACGAUGUUGAGCAGGACCUCUCGCCUGGCAGGAGACAGCAGAGCAAAGCGGAGGUAUCAUCCUGACACAGCAGCAAAAACUAUUCAGAAGGCGUGGUGGAGUCACACAAGGAUACGGUUGUAUAGACUCAUGAAACAUACAAUUCGGGCAGCGGAGUAUUGCAUUACCGAUGAUAUUUUGAAAAGAGUGUGUCCUUUGGAAGCUGAACUUCUUAAAGACCCUACUCUUAAGUGCAGAGUUCGAUUCAGAUUAGCUGGAUCUGAUUUUCCCCCUUUCGUUGUGUUCAAGAUAUUUUGCAAGUCAAGAGACCAAAACACCCAUUACAUCACUGGGAAAAGCGUAAUAACAGCAACAAGUGAGGCGGCUGUUGAUGCUUGCAAGUUAAUGGGAUACCGGACGUAUUAUAAUCAGAUACUGCAGGAUGAACUCCAGCAUAAGAAAUACGGAAUAACAGAGGAGUUGGAUGUGGCUACAAUAAGAGACCACGUACAAUAUAGCAAUCUCUUGGAUGAGGUUCCAGCAUACUAUGGUGGCAGACAUAACUGCUGGAGAAGGCUGUCUUUACAUGAUUUUCCCAGAUCAAUGAUUGUGUAUGACAUCAUGGACUAUGCACAGUCUGGGAAGCUAUCUACCAGACUUAGGAUGGAAUUGCCAUUUCUGCUGCUGAGGCCACAGAAUGAAGAAACGUGUCGUGCUCAAAUCAUGGCUAUUUGUCAAAUCAGAUCUCCACCACAAAUUCCCACAACUGCAAUCCUCUCAAAACUGAGUAGAAAAUCAGCACAUAGAACUGGGCGUCGCUCUUACCAAGCUCAGAAGAAGAAUGCAAAAUUGAGGAGGGCUUAUAGCCUUGAGAAACAAAGAGAGAUGCUGAGAACUUCAUCGUUAAGUGAUCAUUCAGACUCCACAGUCACUGAAGAGUCAAGCCGUGAAAGUGUUUUGUCAGAUGAAGACUGGGAGCACGAGGCAGUGAAGCUAUACGACUGGAGCAGAUCCCUACGAGUGGAAGAUAUUGGGGGAGACUAACCCAUUAUAAAACUUAUGUUCCCUUCCAUUUCUUCUGAUUGAAUCACAGAAUUGUAGAAAACAGAUCAUUUGUCCUGAUGUGUGUAAUUUUCUCCUACCAUGCUGCAGUCAUGAAGGACAUGAAUAGCAUGUGAAUAAUUACUGUGGUGCUUUAGGAAAUUCAUGGUGCAGCAAGUUAUUGUGCUAUAGUAACGACGGUGGUGGUGGUAUCAUUAGCAGAUAAGAGGGAAGGAAACAUGACCUAUAGGGAGAGAAGCAGAGUUAUUUAUCCUUAGAACCCACAUGGACAACAUUGAGAAGAGAGUAAUAGUUUCCCUUUCUGAAUUACAGCUAAGAGGGCACAAAGAGAGAAAGUUGGUGUAUGAUCUCCAUUUUAAGUCAUAUUCUGGGUAGAUCCAUUUUGCAGGAUGUGUAUUUAUUUCAAGGGGUCUACACUGAGUAUGACACAGCAGGAUAUUGCCUGGUAAAUUGCAAUGUUAAUCUAGUGUCCACUUUAGCAUAGUCAUUUGUGCUUGCUUACCAAUUGGGCUGAAUGUUUUAAAUAAACAGUAAUUUUUGAGUUAGGUCAACAUGCUUGACUCAUAGAAAAGAAGAACUUGAAGUAUAAUACACAAUGGACAAAGUACCCUAAAGAUUAAAAAUAUUUUAUUUACAUUUUUUUAUAUACAAUUUUUACACAUUAGUUUAAAAACAGAAUAGAGUACAUAUGCAUCACUGAACAUAAUGCAUUCACAGCAUGAGAGAAGUUAAUGUUUGGAAACAGGUGGGAAGAAAAAAUGCUUUUAGAAAGUUUAAAAGGACAGAUCACAAGAAUUUCAUAGCAGCUCUGGGAACCUUCCUGGAAAAAGUACCCCAACACGCACAUUUGAGUUUGCGUAUAUGUUUGAACAAAGUACUUCCAUUUGAUUCAGCACAGUUAGAAGAUAGCUUUCCAAGUUAACUUGUCAAGACCAUUGUUCAUGAAACCUUUGCCAACUCAUUCAGAACAACAGUAGAAUUUAUGCCAUAUAGGGAUAUGCCACUGCAGCCCGGUAACCUUUUCACCAGGAAUGCAGAAAACCUGUGGCUCUCCACAUGAUGUUAAGAUGCCCAAUCUCCAUCAGCCCCAGCCAUCACAUUUAAUGAUCAGGGUUUGUGGGAGUUGUGCUUCAACAACAUUUGCAGACCCAUAGUUUGCUUUACACUAGUACUCUUUUCCAGACUUCCAAUGGCAUUAAUAUUAAUAGUAAAGAUUACCAGUUAUUGAGAUUAUAACUGGAAUCCUGAUCCUAACUCAAUUCUAUAAUUUUGAAAAGUCCACCAAAGCAAUCCAGAUUAAUCCAAAUUUCUGUCUGCUUUUCUCUUUGCUACACUUAUUUGGAACAAAAACUGCCACAGAUAAGACAUCACACUAUAGGAAAACUAAGAUUUUCAAUUCCUAUCACUUUAAUGAUGCAGUACAUAUUGUUUUACAGAGACAUAAGAUCACCCUUAAUUGGCUUCUACAGUUUACACCAUGCAUGGGCAAUCUUGAUGCUACACUGCCCAUUCUCCAGUUCAGAAUUCACAAUGUUUGUUCUCUCCAGAAUAAAAGUAUUCUGAACAUUAGCAAGUUCUGUAACCAGGAUUUAAUAAGAAGAAAGCAUUUCUCCCUUUAACUUAUGAAACAAGCUAAAAGGACUAGCAGUGAUGGAGUUCUACAGUAUCAUCCCAAUUAUUGUUUAUUUAAGUUUGACUCCAUCCGCAUGGUUUC